GCGUGCUCAGAAUUUGCACACGGUCGUGCGUAGAUUUUCCGAUCCCAGAGAUGUUUAUUGGUCGGUUGUGCCCCGGAGUUUGACGUCGCGCCCUUGAACACGGCUACUUGUAUGAUCGGUUAAAGUCUAUUCUGAAUGGAUCGAGAUCGAUAACGAUGAUCAACGCGUUGUUCAGAUUGUAAAGUGACCUCGUGAAGCACAUUAGAAAAUCAGUGACGAGGUGGACUGAGUAGUGAAAACGAGAGGAAGGUCGCGAUGCAGAACGCGUCUCGGUUUCAGGCUCGGAAACGUCAACAUCACGACAAGUCGCACAGGGCUGGAUAUGAAGCUGUCUGACGAGGCACUUUGUUGACGCCGCCUCUGGUUAGGAAGCCAGGACUCUCCUGGCGACACGAAAACCGUGACUAUGGCGAUCGCCACCAACAUGCACAGACGUGGAAACAAUGUAGGAUCCUCUGACACGAUGGAAGAACGAAAAGUAAAGUCAGACUCGGCUCCGAAGCACGAUGACCUUGACGGCUUGAGGGCCGAGUACCUCGAGGCUCUGGAGGAAACCCGUGCAGCGCAGCGCCGGUACAAGAUUGCCGCCUCAACGGCCUGCCGGGCGCAAACUGGAACGGAAGAGGACGCCAGUCACAUUACGCCAACGGACGGUGGCAGCGAUGCUGAAGGUCCAGCGGCACUGCUCGCGCGGCAUGUUGAGUUGCGCCGUCUACGAGAAAAGCAUGCCUCGCUCGUCGCGUUGGCAGACGGACUGGAAAGCGCGAAAUCUUCGGGAGCAGUCGCGCCAUUUGAUGCUGGAGUACCUAUAAAGUCUGUCAACGUGGUGAAGACACGCUCGGAGGCCGGAAAAGGUAUGGCAAUCCUGGAAGACAACCUGGCGCGAUCUAUGCAGGCUCUCGAAAUGGCGGUCGUACAGGCACAUCAGGAAGCGAUGAGGGAGAAAGCGAAAGUUGAAGAAGUCAAGAGCCGGACUGGCGCGAUUCAUCCGACGGCCCAGCAACAUGUUCAAUCGAUGUUGGCGACGAGACGGGUCUUGACGGCGUGGCUGGAGGAGGGUUUAGAGCUGUGUCAGGGACGGGAGACGCAUGCGGAGAGUGAGACAGUGGAAUAUGAGGAUCGAGAUACAGUCACGGAUCCGAUGAUCGUUGAGGAGUACGAGCGGUACUUGAAGGCACGGAAAAGGGUUCUUGAUGCUGUACAGGCACUGAGCAAGCCGGUGCAUGUGCACUCCGGUCAGCACCUGGACGGCAGUCACGAGUUGGUGGCGCCCACAGCCUCGCCUUCAAUGAUGCGAGGCGAUGAAGUGGAGGCGAACGGUCUGCUCAAUACGGUUGAGAAGGCUUUGCUCCCAACGCUGCAACGACAGAGGACCGCCCAGGCUCACAUUUUGUUUGCGACGGAGCAAAUUGAUGAUGAGAUGGCCAAGACGAUCAACACGUUAGACAGGCUUGGUGACGAGAGCCAGCUUCUGCAGGCCUUUCCGAUCCUUGCGCGAUCAGGAAGGUUUCAACAUGCUGCAUCCGUGCUUGGAAAGAGAGCGUAUAACGAGGACGAAACGAAAGACGGGAUAUCAAAGCGGAUGGAACCUUGGAUGUUUGCGGCUAAUGCGGCGGAUGUGGCUUUAUCUGAUGCUCUGGAGAAAGCGCUGGGCGAAGGAAGGCAGGCGAUGGAAUCUGUUUCGAAGAGCCUUGCCGAAAUACGACUACUGAAGGAUGCUGGCUGUGAUCACAAUUUUGUGCUAUAAGUACAAUUUCUGGUUUACUGCUCCUCGUUCUGAGCGAAGAAAAAGUUGGCUCCAACGACUGUCAGGCCGUUCUCAUCGGCCCAAUCUCUGACACCAUGGCGCUUCUUGCCAUAUCCCCAGUGUGGUCUU